CAUCACACGUCCGCCUAACAAUGAGUGACCCCCCAAGAUGGCGUCAUUCCGACGGUGUGUGGUUUCUGUGUUUGUUUUUUAAACACAGUGGACCCGCCGCCGGAAGAAUAUGGAGAUCAAAUCUGGGGAAGAAGUCGGCAGGGAGAAUCCCCUCCGCCUGUUUGAGCUAAGUGGGGCGGUAAUCAGCUCCAUCAUGGGACAAGUUGAAAAAGAAGUUUGGGAACUUCCAGGUCCUAUACUCCAGGGUAUCUUGCCUCUGCUGAACAUAUAUUAUCUGGAACGAAUUGAAGAGACUGCUGUGAAAAAAGGACUCUCAACUGAACCAAUAUGGUGCAAGCUAUGGUUUGACAUCAUGAAAACAAGACCUUCUAGAUUAGAGAAUAUCAAGUGUUGGAGGAAGAAGUUCCUUGAAACUUUCUUCUCAAAUGUGCUGCGUGGGAUCUUGGAUGUGUCAUCGCAUCAACGCUUGAGUGAUCCUUGUUUUUUGCCCCUGCUGUAUACUUCACGGCACAUAUCUGAGCUUACUAUUUACAAUAUGCUUGAGGGUAUCUCAGAACUGAUGGCUGAACACAAUCGUUGUGUCCUUGAAAACCUGGCUGUCUCACUUAGAACUCUGACCUUCCGUCACCUCCUUUCCUCCAAUCUGUCUACUAGACAUCAGUUGAGUUUAUUCCUUCAUCGCCUAAUUCAUCAUGGGGCAGUGAACUACCUAUCUAUGAACUCAUGGCCUGAUCCUGACCCAGCACUUCUAGCUCUCAUUCUGAAAAUGAGUGCUGGGAUUUGGAAUCCCGGUAGGACUUUAAUGAAUGCAGAAUUUUGCCAUCUGUGUAGAGAGAAAUUGAGUAUACAGAGCCAAAAGCUGGACCAGGAAUGUAGGCCUCCUUUGGGUUCAGACCAAUUGUUUUCUACAGCAGCAUCUGGCCAAUUUAGCGAUAAUGAGCUGAGGAAUAUGAAAAUCUUUCCCAGUGUGCCUCAGGAAUUUCCUCUAGGCUUUGAAGAUGCUGGAGAGUUAUUCAGAGCCAGCAAUAAAAGCUUUAGUGAACCACCAGACUGCCAAUUGGGUAGCAGUUCCUACAAAAGUCAUAGGCCGCACAAUGCUAGCUCAAAAGAUUGUAAUGCUGAAGUAGCAUCCGUUAGCUUUUCCCCAGCAAAUCCAUCUCAAGGCAGCCUUCCUUUGGGAAAAUCUCCGCAGAGGCGCAAAGCUGCAAUAACAAAGAAGCACAGCAUCCAUAAAAAAACCAGCAAUAUCGCCACUGAGAUGGAAGACCUGUAUGACUUUGUCUUCACAAUUGCAAAGGAAGAAGAGGAGAGGGCAUUCUAUCACAAAAUAAGGAAUGUUGGCAAGGAAGAACAUUGUGAUAAUGAAUCCCCUCUCCCAGCAGAGGCUUCCAGAGUGACUGAUACGGUUUCCUUAGGGGGAACUCGAACGAUUGGGUUCACUCCUCUGAGGGCAAUUAGCCAUUUUCGAAGUGUAUCCACAUUGGAAAUAUUCUCUGUCCCACUGACCAAGAAUACAUGCCAGAUGCUUGGGAAUCUGUUAAGCUCUUGGGUAGCUUUAGAAAAACUUAUUCUUACUUUAAAUGGCUUAGGCUCUGGUAUUUUCAGCAUCCUUUCUGGGCUCCGAAUUCUUUCUCAACACAACGAUUAUUGCCUCCGUGUGGUACGCAUCAGUGAUAUGUUUGCUCAUAUUCCAUGUAUGAAUCUUGUCCAUUCUCUUUUGAGUGUUGUACCAUUGCUUCAGAUGCUUCUGGUCAGCUUUGAUCUCAAAACUGCAGCCGAGUGGAAUAGACUGGAAGAAGACAUGGGCUCAUCAUCCUUAGUAGAAGAAAUUCCAGUUACUUACUUGGAGCAGCUUGAGAUCAGGUUUCCCAGAGAACCACUUCAAACAAGUCUUCUGGUGCCUGUACUGAAAGCUUCAGGGUCUCUCCAGAGUCUUUCUCUAGACAGCGUUGCAAUUUCCUGUCCUCAAGAAUUUUGGCUCCUCCUGCAAGCCCUCAAAGAAUAUAACCCAAACCUGAAGAAACUAAGUUUUCAUGAUGUCAACCUUUCUGAACAUUCAAAAGAAGUCCUCCUUAUUCUACAGAGUCCAACUCUUCAAGAAAUCAGUUUUUCAUUUUGUCGACUCUUUGAAAACUGUACAGCUGAGCUUCUGACUGAAAUGAUUACUGCCAUGAAGAAGAACUCAUCGUUAACAACCCUCAAAGUCCCUGGAAAUAGGCUGGGGAAUCAUAGAUUGAUUGCACUGGCUGACAUUUUUGCUGGAGAUUCAUCCUCUUCUAUCAGUCAUCUGGAUGUAAGCUCCAACUGUAUUAAGCCUGAUGGGCUUCUGGAAUUUACCAAAAAGCUGGAAAGUUACACAGAUGAACACAGAGAAUGUAUCAAACUUACCAAACUGUGCCUCUAUCAGAAUUGGCUGGAGCAAGAUGCUGUCACUGCUCGAGAAGCCCUUUCAAGACUAAAAGCUAUAUGUCAUGUAGUUAGUGAUGCAUGGGAUUCAUCACAGGCCUUUGCUGACUACAUCAGCGUGAUGUAAGAAGCGCUGUAAUGGAGAGUGUCUUCUAAUAAAUCUGCUUAACAUUUUUUAUUGGGAUGUUAUUGGGGUAUUUAAGCAGUUCUAAACAGGACUUCCCAUAUUGUUUUGUUUGUGUUCAGAUUUUUCUGAUCUCUGUUUAGCAUGAAGGAUACAGUAAAUGUUAGCGGAAAUGUCUCAUUUCCAAAAUAACUUUUAUAAAGUCAGGAAAGUAUGAGAUUAACAAUUACUUUGAAUCAAGAUUUAACAACUCCAUGAUGGAAAACUUAUUAGCUUAAAAUUGAAACCUAUCUUGUCUGCAUAUGGAAAUCUCUAGAUCAGAUUAAACUAUUCUACCAAAUGCACCACACAGUUUAUGUUGUUCACAUGUUUUGUAUUAUAACGAGAAUUUAAAUGAUACUUCUGCUUUCUGAAGUACGUUUACUAUUUAUGCAGACCUUAUUGUUAAAUAAAAAAUAUUAUAGUGAUUAUCCUAUUAUUUGAAUUAACUGCAUAUUGUUGGGCAAUCUGAGUAUCCAUCAUUUUUUUUAAUCCAUGUCCUAGAAAAUACCAUUUCAAGCAUCUCCUUGUAAAGAUUUUUAAUUUUUCAAUAUAACAACAGUAAUUUGGUGAGUCAUUCUAUCAUAAAUACAAUGCUUUGGGAUUCUUUUCUGGGUCAUUAGUCUUUCCAUACAAAGAUUUCACAAACAUUUAUCUUUCUCAAUAUAUGAAAAUGGUUAAAUAAAGAAAAUGCUUUCCUGUCUUUGUAGAAUAAAGACCUUAGUCUACCAGAAAUUACUAUUAUAUUACAGCAAAAACAAUUUUAUGUACACAUGUACACCAUUUUGUUAGUUUCAUCUCAUAUCCAUACUGACAUAUGAAAUACUGUAUGUUUAUUGCUUCUUGUGAUAUACUGUAUAUACUCAGUUGGAACAAUAUUCUUUCCCUUUAUUUUACUUAUUAAUUUGUUGUAAAAAUAUGACAAUUUUUGAUUUUAAAAUUAAAGAUGAUCCUGAC